UUCCGAAACGACGACGCACAUAUAACAGACAGCAAUAUCACAUUGCUGUUGUGACAAGUUUCAUCGAUCAGAAAAACAAAUGUCAAACGCUGACUCAUUAUCGUGCAUAGUGUUUAAGUGACGGAUAAAGUGCCAUUUACAGCAUCAAGCGUUCUUCUAAAAUAUAAAAAUUAGAAAUCAUAUCGCGUCUCACCGUAUACGAGCAGUGCACUUUCGCGUGGUGUUUCUGGUACAUCAUCGCAGGUAUUCCAACUGUCGGUUAGUUGGUAUACAGUGGAUAUACGUAGUACGUAUAUAGUUAGUGGAAAUGUUGUCAAGAGCAAGUAAAACGUGCGGUCGCUUCGCGCACGCACUGUACAGAGUCGCCAAGUCCGAAAGCGCGUUCCCGUGGUCCAGAAGAUUGUUGACGACGAUGUCGAGCGAGACUCGUAAAGUGGAGGAACGGAAGAUCAAGGUGGACGACAAAGAAAUCAAUUACGUCCGAGUCGGCAAAGGCGAUCAUCCGGUGUUGUUGCUACCGGGCGCAUUGGGAACAAUAUGGACCGAUUGGAAGCCGCAGAUCGAGACUAUGGAUGCCGACAAGCUGACGAUAGUUGCGUGGGAUCCACCGGGUUACGGAAAAUCGCGACCACCCGACCGAACUUUUCCGGACGAUUUUUUUUACCGUGAUGCUGUGUACGCUCACAAUCUGAUGAAAACUUUGGGCUAUUCGAUAUUCUCGCUGGUCGGUUGGAGCGACGGCGGUAUCACGUCAUUGAUACUCGCUGCGAAAUAUCCCGACAGCAUCAGAAAGACGGUUGUCCUUGGCGCAAACGCGUACAUACACCCGGACGAAACAAAAAUAUAUGACGAUAUCAGAAACAUCGAAACGUGGUCGCCGAAAAUGAGAGAUCCUAUGAUAGAAGCCUACGGUAAGGAGUAUUUCCAAAAGACCUGGUCCGACUGGGUGGACGCAAUGAUAGGAUUGUACAAAAAGAAAGACGGUGACUUGUGCAAAGAGGAAUUACCGAAGAUAAAGUGUCCAACAUUGAUUAUUCAUGGAGAGAAAGACUCGUUGGUCCUACCUGAACAUCCGAUCUACUUAAAGGAGAAAAUACCUAACUCGAGAUUGGUCAUUCCCAAAGGUUCGCACAAUCUUCACUUGAGAUACCCCGAAGAGACUAAUAAACUAAUAACAGAAUUUCUCACGGAAUCCGACAAACUCGAACAAUCGAAAAUGUGACAAAUUAGUGUCUAACGUAUAAUACCGGCCAAACUGUAUUUUUAACGGCAUUUGUGGGAUGUGUUUUUUACCUUACUUCUCAAUAAAAACAGAUAUAUAUUAUAUAA